GAUAAGUGCGGAGAUGAGACCACUGACCCGGAGUGGUUUUCAGAUAUGCAGUUGUGGAGGCCGGGAAAAGGAGUUGAUUGGGAAUGGCUGAGCGAGAUUCCUCGGGUGAAGGAACGAGCAGCGGUUGCUGCAAGGCUUCGCAAGAAAAUGGAAGCGAAAGGAACCAAGACGCAGACAUCUGCAGAGGGACAGGAAGGAACCAAGACGCAGACAUCUGCAGAGGGAAAGGAAGGAACCAAGACGCAGACAUCUGCAGAGGGAAAGGAAGGAACCAAGACGCAGACACCUGCAGAUGGACAGGAAGGAACCAAGACGCAGACAUCUGCAGAGGGACAGGAAGGAACCAAGACGCAGACAUCUGCAGAGGGACAGGAAGAUCAGGAAGGAACCAAGACGCAGACAUCUUCAAAUGGACAGAAAGGUGGAAUUGCGCCGAUUGGUACGGCCACCGGGCUCGUCAUGCCCAGGGUGACAGAUACUUGCCCCUUGACUUGUUUGCAAAGGGGAUGCACGUGCCCUGCGCCUGCCAAUGAGCUUGGUUUGGAGACUUCGGAGGCUGGCAGCAAUGGCAGCGAUGGUGUGUCCUCGCCGUGGAUGAUUCCAGCUGAGGAUGAUUGGGAAAGAAGCCCUUUCACUUUCGACUGGCCCCGAGCGUCUGAACCUGAUUCACCAGUGGCACAUCCCACACUGCCACGGAUGCCAGGAACUCCACCCGGUCCACCACCACCAUCACCGUUGACCCGUGUGCCUCAAACGCCGCCAGAGCUCUUGGCCAAUUGGAGGAUGAAUCGUCUUCCUGAGCCUUCGCAACUUGUGACUGGUAUGCAGACGUACCCAGGAUUGUCUGAGGAGAUGACGGGAUUGCUGGUGGGUUUUUGCGUGCACCUGCUUCCCUACUUGCUGGAUGGCAUGUUGUCGCAGAGGGGCCUUAACAAUGAUGGUACUUAUCGAAACCGGCGUUCAAAGCCAAGCGAUGGAGAGCCUUCAGCGCCUGCAGGUUCAAAGGCAAGCGAUGGAGAGCCUUCAGCGCCUGCAGGUUUGUAUGCCAGAAACACCAUUCCAGACCCACCUGCACGCGGUGCGCUGAAGGUUCACACUGGACUGAUGGGAUGCCUUCAGCACCUGAAGGCAGAAUGGCCUUCCAUUCGCAGCUUCUGCCGAAAUUGGGUUGGAAGCCGGGACAUUGACAUGGUGUCGGUCUUCGAUCGGUCACUUAGAAUGAGUUCCACUUGGAAGAACAGUGGCCAUUCCAGCACGGCAUACGACAUAGCUCAUGAUCCAGUACAGAUGGAUAUUUGCACCCAAGUUGGAUUCUACUUCCUUCUGACGUUACUCCUUGGACUUGCGCCUGGCGGCUUUAGCAUGUGGGCACCACCAUGCUCUCUUUGGAUUUUCCUGAGCUCGUCUUUACACAAACGCAGUGCACUGUCCCCGGAUGGGAACACUGACCAUUUCAGUGUGAGGCUAGCAAACAGAAUCGCCAUCAAUGCCGCGAUGGCCCUGAAGGCGGCUCUCAAGUUUCGGUCAGACUGCACCUUCAUGGUGGAACAGCCAUCGGGGAGCUGGCUCUUCAAGUAUGGUCCUUGGAAAAGUAUCAUCGAAAACUUUUGGCUGAAGAAAACAUUAACAUACCAAGGAUUAUUUGGCGGGCCCUUGGCCAAGCCAACUCAUUUGGUGCAUUCCCUCAAACAAGAUGAUCUCUUUGCCAGAAGGUUGACGCGGAAACUGAGGAAGAAGAAGUUCAACCGUACUGACAAGGUGUUCUAUGUCAAGGAUAGCAAUGGUUCGGUGACAGGAACAAAAGUGCUGUCCCAAACCAGCAUUUACCCCAAACGCUUGGCCGAGGCUAUCUACAAGUCCUGGUUCAAAGGCAAGCGAUGGAGAGCCUUCAGCGCCUGCAGGUAUGGUCUCUCAGCGGGUUCACACCGGACUGAUGGGAUGCCUUCAGCACCUGAAGGUUCACACCGGACUGAUGGGAUGCCUUCAGCACCUGAAGGUGGAACCCCUCCGCAGACUCCGCGGAAGUGUGUGCGACCUCCAGCACUGGAACAAGAUGUGCCUGUGGACUUGCUGCAUCGAGCCAUGAAGGACUUUGACGAUAUGGAGGCCAAGGAUGAACACUUUGCUGCACGUUCACACCGGACUGAUGGGAUGCCUUCAGCACCUGAAGGUGGAACCUCUCCGCAGACUCCGCAGAAGUGCGAGCGACCUCGAGCACCGGAACAAGAUGGGCCUAUGGACUUGCUGCAUCGAGCCAUGAAGGACUUUGACGAUAUGGAGGCCAGGUUCACACCGGAUAAACAAUCCAUUACUCAGACAGGUUCAACUGCUGAUGACAUACGUGCUUGGGCCAGACGCAUCUGUGACAACGGCAUCUUCUUGGAAUUUCCGGACAUAUUUUUGUUUGCCAAUCGUGAAGUUGAGAUGCGUUCUGCGUCAGACUUCGUAAACGGAUUCCUUGAUGAAGAGUUGUGCUUGGAAGUGCAGAAGAUUGAGGAGCCGGUGCCACGCGGAAGGACCAGAAUAGCUAUCUUAUGCUCACCCUUGUAUUCAAGAUCAGCAUCUUUGGCCGAUUGCGUUCAUUGGAUCCCAGGCUGGCUCGGAGCAGAAAUGCCAAGUGACGUGGAGAAAGAUGCAUUAGUGGAAUCCAUUGUCAAGGACAAUGUGGACAAGGCCAAAAAGAUGAUAGCAGAACUGGAGUCGAAGGCUGAACGAGAGAAGGAUGACGUUUACAAGUCAUCUUUGAGAGAUGAAAUCGAGCACCUCUCUGUGCAGUCCAGAAACCUGGAGGACCUCAUUAGAGCUCUGUGGACAGAACAUGAGGUGAUUGCCAAGCCCACGCUCGGUGAUGGCAAUUGUGGCGUGCAUACUGCGAUGGCAUUUGGUGAGAACAUUCCCGCAGGUGCUCUGGUUGGGCAGGACGCAGCUCCAGAAGAUGUUUUGCAAAUAGUGUCUGCCUACCGCACAGAGCUUGCUACAAUGUGGCGUGCUGUCGCGGAGGAUUGUCUCUGGCAACAGAUAUGGCAGAGGUUCGUGGAAGGUAGAUUGGACCUCCGUUGUUGGCAAGAGCUUGCCGUGCCAGUGAGUACACCUCCCAAGAAAAGGCGCAAGACGAGCCUCUCCAAGACACCUCCUGGAAAGACGAGUGCAAAGAAGAGGGGCCGCGGCCGCGGGAAGCUUUUGCCAGAUGAUGUUGCUGAAGUUGAACCAGAAUCGAUGACAGUCGAGCUUGGUGCCUCCAGCAAAGACACCGCCUCCAGCAAAGACACUGAGGACAAGGAGGAGGAACCAGAGCAGAAGAAAAAAGGGCCAAAGCCAACAGGCAAGAGACGCCCCGCGGAGCAGAGCAUCACCUACGACCAGUCAGUGCGGGAACUCUUGUCUGAGCACAACCUGCUCUAUGGCGCGGGCACAAUGUUUGCAAGACUGGCAAAUGGUCGUCUCUUCGUAGAAGGACACUGGCCUGCGCAAUGCAUGACUUGCCAGCGCAUGCUUACCAUGGCGGGUUUCAGUGAAGCCUCCUGGAAGAACACCAUUGAGGGCUUGAGGGAGCGAGUAGCGAAGCAUUUGAAGACUCACAUAGAGUUGUCCGAGAACAAGGUCCGUCAUCGCAAACGGCACGUUUCUCAACCUGAGAACGCCGCCCCUGCCAAACAGAUCAAGCAGGAGUUGAAGGUGAAACAGGAGCCGUUGGAGAUCGCUGAGGGUGACCAAAAGCCUGCGAUAAAGAAGGACCAGCAGCCUGGUGAGGCCAACGCUGAAGAUGUGCCGGAAGUCUCCAUGGGCAAGGCUGCAUUGGUGCAGUUGCACAAGUUGGAGGUGCUGCCCAAGAAGUCACAGAAGAAACUCAAUCCCGUCUAUUGCCCCUGGUGCUCCACCACCUUCGAAGGACAGCAUGCAGUUGGGCAAAUGCUGUGGGCUCCGAUUGGGGUCCAGCAUAGGACAGAUGGUCCAACUGGAGGGGGCGUCCACAAGUACAAGAUGGACGUCAACACUGGUGACUGGACAUUGGUGGCAAUCGGAUGCAUUGGCUCGGGACGUGUUUAUCAGAAUGAGCUGGGUGAUGCAUGUUGCGAAGAGUGCUUCUUGCUUGGAUCGAAACAGCGCUUCGUGGCGAAGGACUUUAAGGGUAAGCUACGUUCCAGUCCCAACUACUUGAGAAGGCACAAAGCUCUGUACGAGCAAAGCUUGAGCGGGUCUCCUGAAGAUCUUCACUCGCAGGUCUGCAAAACAUGGCGUGGGAGACUCGGCGUCACCAACACCGAAACUUGUGAGUUGUUCAUGGCGAUGUACGUCUCCCCUUGCAUGGUUUGUGAACCGGGAUCCUCCAUCAAGAAGCAGCACCUCCAAAACCUGCUCAAUUUCAUGCAGAGUGACCCCACCACUGGAGCUGGAGAGCUGGAGAUGGUUCGGUCGAUUGUGACCGGGGAAGUCUCUCGGCACCCUGCGGUGCACGGUGUUCUUUGUGCCAUCAUGGACAAACUUCGGCAGUGGCAGCAUGGAACUCACACAAUGAGGAACCGCCAUCGCUCCGAGGAGGAGCGAGAGCUGCUGAUUACAGCCGGUGCUGAGUUGGCGUCGGCAGGCGCAAACUGGAAAGCGCUGGGCGCCCUGGGGCUGGAGUGGUUAACCAGGAACACUUGGCGUGGGAGCCUGGCAACUUUGCGCGAUGAAGGCCUGCCAGUCUUCACUUGCCCUACCCCAGAAGAUCUCCAAGAGAACGACCAUGCGAUCAGUUGUCUUCUGCCCAAUGAAGCUUCCAAGCCACAACGUCGUCUCCUCUUAGCUUUCGACAGAACGUAUGUCCAGGCAACAACACAAUUGCUGCAGACUACGAAAGGACACGUCAUGGCUGGAGGUGUCUACAGGUGCCCUGGAUUUGCUCAACCAGAUGAGUCGCAGAUUCUUGUGAAACGGCAGAAUGAACCUGCUGCAGGUCCAGUGACCAUCACCAGAACGAGGGAGAAGGCAUCUGAAGUUUGCAGUUGCUUGAUCUGGGACGUUUCCCGUCCUCACAGCACCUUUUACGAGACUGCUGCGUGGCCAUGUGUACCAGCUGCGAACCAGCAUGAGGACUUCGAGAAACUGGCAACAAAUCCAAAGGUUCAGAGAGGACAGUUUGAGGUCAUGAACCUCAUUGGCCAGGUACUGGCAAACUCACCAUCCAUCAGGUUCGUCAUGUCUGACAGACACGGAUCACACGGAUGGUUAGCCUCAACCCUCCUUGGCCGACGCAUUGACCUCUGUGACGAGCUGUUUGAAAAGCUACCAUUUUUCAACAAGUUGCGUUGGGUGCAGCUGCCAGAGUGCAAAUGGCCAAUUCCAUACCGGGUGACCAUGAUCAAUGGUUGCAGCAUCCACUUCGUGCCCGGGCCUGCACACUCGCAAAAGGCUUUUGCAGAACAGUUGAGGACGUGCUUGCACACACCUUGCUUCGGCCUUCUUUGGAGUGACUUUGCCGCAAGCUUGGACCUUGGCCUGGCACCAGCUGCAUUUUGCGGCAUGGACACUAUGAGCGACGCUCAGGGCGCCCUUCUGUUGUCGCCGGCCAACUUUGCUCUCAAUCCCCUGGCUUCAGAGGUGCAGAUCCCCUGGAUGCUCCAAGGUUUGUUGCUCCUAGAUGUGGGGGCCGCAAUGGCCAAGCAUCUAGCUGCGAAGAGAGGCAUGCGGAAACAGCAGCUCUGGAUUGAUGCCAAAACAAUGAGAACCAUGAAGGACAUAUGUGGGAGUGUCCUGACCAUGGCAGUCUCCAACUCAGCACCCGUGUUUUGGCAACAGCUCUCCGAAAGAAAGCUGGAGGCCAGAUUUGGGCGGCUGCGAUCCAGCUUCGGGAAUUCGGUGGUAUCAAUGGCCGAUUACUGGAGGGCGAGCCUGCACCUGAUGAAAAGUGACCGUGGCAAGACCUUGCAUGCUCAGGGCCCUUGCUCGACACCAAUCUCUGAGGAGGAGUUUGUCCUUUGCAGUCAGCGCGCAUGGUCAUCUGUCCGCAGGCUCUUUUCCAUGUGCACGGAUUGCAAGAAGGAAGAAGUGCAGUCGAUUUUCGAUAUGGCCAUGGACACCACAGAGCCUGAGCAGGAUGACUCGUUCUUUGAGGAUGAAGGAGGUGAGUGCUUGGAUGGGCAUGAGCCUUCUGCUGAUCAGAUCUUUCAACGGAUCCGAUCCAGUGGAGACUUUAUCAACAAGAUGGAAGGCAAGGACAGUCACAAGGAGAAGCCCAAGCCUGCUGUGACUGGUGACCCUGAAAUUGCAGCAGCCACUACUGAGAUUCUCCAGACGGAAUCCGAAGACACCUCAGAAGCAUCGAUUCCAAAAGAGUUGCCCACAACUUUGUCGGCGGCACUGUCCAAACACAAGAACUUGGAUGCAUCUUUGUCUGACCUUUGGAAACUUCUUUUUUACCUGCGAGCAGGAGGCAACGGGUGUGACGUUGACAUUGUGCCAAAUGCUUUGGCGACAAGGUCGUUUUCAGAGAAGAAGGGCCAAAAGUGGCACAACAAGCUGAUGGCCGCUAUCUCUCGGCUGGAUGCUCAGCUCAAACAACCAGCAAUGAGACAAAGCAGGCAGGCUGCUUGGAUCCAGCACACGGAGUUGGAGAGAAAGAAGCUUGCGCCCACUUUGCCUCCUUCCCUCGAGGUUGAGAGAUCAGACGUGGUUUGCAUCAAAACCGGUGGCAAAUGGCAGAUUUGUUGGGUUCUGUCCAUUUUCCGAAACUAUUCGGCCAGAAGCGGAGGUGCGCAGCAAGAUGCACAGGAUCCUUUGAGCUACAGAUGCCAUCGGCAAUGCUCAUGCGAUGUGGUCCCUUACGAGCUUUUGGGGCUCAAGCUGGAGACGGCGGAGAUGCUGAAGGGCAUUGACGGGGUCAAGUUCAAGCUCACUGAGGACAGCAGACGUGCGUUCGUGGCCAUGAACGAAUCUGAGGGGCAGGAUGAGAACCCAGUGCAGAAGCAUCCUUACAAGAAACGUGAAGCCAAAUACAUUCAGCCGAUCGUCGCCAACUACAGAAGAAGCAAGAGAGGUGUUGCCUUGGUGCGACAGGAGCUGAAGCGGCUUCUUGUGCUCCAAGGCAAAAAGAUGCCUUCCAAAGCAAUGAUGGACUGCGAAGGAAAGACUAUUGAAUAUCAAUAUCAGGGCCGGAGCGGCUCCAUCACCGUCGAGAAGUUUCUCCUGAAAGGAGGUGAGUUUUUCGACGCCUUCUUCGUCAAAGUCAGGAAGAAGGUCCUGUACGGGUCCAAGGUGCAAGCAUGGAUCCAGCAAAUAGACCAUGCCUUGAGCGACUACAAGCUCAAACCUCUUCAGGAACUGGUCGCCAUGAUCGACGCCUUUGAGCCAGUUUCUCUGAAAGGCUACGUUGACCAGGACGUUGAGAAUGAAGAAGAUCCAGAUGAGGCCGAAGAUGUCGAAGAAAAUGAUGAGAUCGAUGAGAACGACGAUGAGAGCGGCUUUUGCGUCAAACGCCAGGUCCCUUUCAGAAAUCUGAUUGAGGAUUUCCAGAGCUUGCAGCCACAGG